CGUGUCGCACCGGGGUGCACUGUGCAGUUUGCCUUUUUGAAAGCUGAGUUGUUGUUUUUGUGUUAAACUCCUGGCGCCCUUCAGAUCACUUUUUGAUUUUAAUCUCCUAAUUACGUGCUCUCGAGCCCAAAGGUGUUUUAAAAGUUAUAAAAUAUCUCUUUUGCCAUUUUUUGUUUUGGUGAGCAAGAGGUUGUUUUGCGUUUUUUUUUUAAUCUUUCAGACAAAGAAGACUUCGUAGUACUGUUGCUCACAAACAGCUCCAAGCUUCAUACCCUUGUGACAGAUUUGGAUUUUAAACAGUGCCUUUUGCCCAUGCUUGCAACUGCGACACAAAAUGUCUGAGGUUAAGCAGAGGAAAAGAGGUAUUUCUUCUUCCAAGACCAAUGAAGAUUCACAGAAGGCCAAGAAAGACAGUAAUCGUGGGAAGCUGGUAAAUCCCAGGACUAGCAAUAAUCAGAUUUCCUCUUGGAUAGACUCACGGACAGCCUUGAGCCUAAUAUCCCUUGCCGUUUGCCUGGCACUGACCUGGUUCCUAUUUCAGCAGACAAGUCAAUUUGCUGAUAUGGAAAAAAAGUAUAGUUUCUUGCAGCAAGAAGCUGAAAAAUUCCUGGACAUGGAAAAUAAAGUUAACUUAAUUUCUGAAAAGUGUGAAAAGACUUGGAACUUAAUGGAACAGCUGGAAGAUCUUCAAAUAAUUUCUCAUGUUAAACAACUACAGGAAGAUAUAUAUACCAUGAAAACAUGGUCUAGCAGCCUAAUUAAAAAAAAAGAAGAACUUCAGAAGAAUUUAACAACCCUUUCUCAUGCAGUUACAAGUAUGGAGCAGAAUACAGCUUCUGUAGCAAAAAAUAUAACUUUGAAGAUUGUGACAGUAAAAACUGACUUAAGGCGCAUUUCAGGCCUAGUUUCAGAUAUGACUGCAUUGACAGAUUCUUUACAAACACUAGAAGAUAAAGCAGAUAAAGGUGAAAAAAAGACAGUAGAAAACAUAGGUGACCUCCUUACCAGUAGCAUUGACCGAAGUACAAAGCUACAAAGCUUGGCAACCAAUAAUGCAAGAAAAAUUGAGCAAAUUAAGACAGCAUUAUCAGAGUUAAGGAGUGAUUUUAAUAAACAUUCAGAUAGACUUUUGAAUCUUGAAGGUGAAAGAGCAAAGGUUCUGAAGACAGUUACAUUUGCAAAUGAUUUAAAACCUAAGAUGCACAAUCUAAAGAAGAAUUUUGCCAUCUUGGAACCAUUGAUAAAUGAACUUACACUGAGAAUAGGAAGAUUAGUUGAGGAUGUAUUACGACGGGAGAAAGAAAUUGCUUUAUUGAAUGAAAAAUUGACCAAUUUAACAAGAGUUCAGACUGAGAUCAAAGAUAUGAAAGAUGAAAUAACCAAGAUUUCAAACAUGAAUUGAUCACUGUGAAAUGGCACUGCCUAAAGAACAGUGGUGUUUGAGGCGUGUUAACUUCGUUAUGCAAGGCAUGAAGAAGGAAGGCAGUAUUUAAAGGCUUCAUUUAGAAGCAUACUGCAACUAACUAGAAGCUUGUCCUCUCUCCUUGAAGAGGACAGCAAAACUCAUACUGAUUUCAAGGAACAACAGUCAAGCUAUAUAUCAGCAAAGAAUGUGUCUGUGUGCACGUGUGUGUCUUUCUGAAGGAUGACAGGUGCUAUAUUUAAUAAAUUGCUUGUUUUUUAUAAUAAAACAGCGUUAAAGCAUAAAACGUUGUUCUUAACUAUGGAGUUUGCUUUCACGAAUAAAGCAAGACCCAAGACUGACGUUUUCAGCUUUUAUUUGCUGCUCUGAAGGAAGGAAUAAAAUUGUGGUCUUCAGAUAGAGUUUAAACCCAGGUUCUUAAAACUGCAAUAGCAGUUUAGUAUUUGUCUCAGUACAUUAACUUUAUGAUUUUUCUAAACUACAACAGUUUCCUUUUUUGAAAUCAAUCUAUAUUUAAAGAGGAUGCAGGGAUGCAGGGAUGAUCAGAAUUACUGCUGAAGCUCUGAAAAAAGUUUGUUCAGCAUUUUGAUGGAAUAAUUUGUAUAGGAUUUUUGGUGAAGAGUUUCUGUGAAUUGCAAUCACUUCACUGUGCAGCAUUGUUAGGUUUAUAAAACAGAACCAUGUUUAUGGGUGAGCAUUUUCCCGAAACACCUACUAACCUUACUGAUGGCCUUUUCCCAGUGUUACUGUAUCCUUUCAGGAAUCCUAACAGCAUUAUUAAUUCAUUGUUAGCCUGUAAAAUACUACAGUGAGCAGCAAAAUUAGCUGCUCAGAAGUGUAACUAAGUUCAGUAUUAGUCACUGGCAGUAUUUCUGUGGCAGAGUUUAAGAGAUCUGAGACGCAUUUGAAAAUGCGGGAGGGCAUAGACUAAGCUUAGCAGAGGAAAGGGGGAACUGCAUUAUAUAGAAUAGCAAUGACUAAAAAACAAUGAGGAGAGAUGCAGCAAUUGCGAAAAUCCUUAUAAACAAAAUCGUAUCGAGACCUAUUAGCCCACAGUAAGGCCUUUAUAACUUCUCAAUUGCUUAUUUGGUCAUACCUGAACAUCUUGCAGCUGAUGGGCUAUUGAUUAGAUAGAAAAUAUAGUUGUUCCCCUCCCUCUCUAUUGUCAUCCUCAUUCAGCAUUUCACAUCUUUUGGCCUUCUUCAUGUUGCUGGUCUUCUGUACGCUGCUUGCUUGCUUUCCUUCGGUCAGCCUUAAGUGCUUUGUUUCAUCAAGCUUUUCUCUUUUUUUGCUAUGGGUCCAUUCCUAUCCAAUUUCCUUUUACCCCCUUCCAGUCUACCUGACAUCCCACAAGGAUCGACCUCUCAGAAGACAAGUCAUUCCAGAAAGCAUUCACAGAUACUAGCUGCCAACCUAGUCCCUUUGCAGUGCCCCUUUGCUCUUUCACAAAAAAGUCUUUGAAAAAUAACCUGAGGGCCUUUGAAGGUGACAAAAAUGAAAGGAUAUCCAAACAAUCAGCCAGUGAUACUGCUGCUACGGCAUGGGUUGCCUGGGAUACCUGAAAAUAUAUAUACAUUUCAUAAAGAGUUUUGAGGUUACAUAUUAGAUGUAUCUCAUUUGUACAUUAAGAUAUAUUCACUGAAUCCACCACCUUUGGUUUUCUCUGUGCAAGCUCAUGUUAGUCUUGGCAAGGAGAGCACCUAGCAAAAUAGACAUGGUUAUCAGAAGAGAAUUGAUACAGUUGCAUGAGAAAUCUAUCCCAAGUGUUAUUCACAUUUUCAUACUCUUCCAGUCUUAUAGUUCAUAACGUAUUUGGGAUAAUGUGAUGUUUUCUCACUAAAAUAAUUAUACAGCUAAUAUUAAAAUAUAAAUUAAGCAUUUUCUGUCUAGAUUUUCCUAAUACAGAUAGAGAAGUAGAUACAUAGAUACAUAUAGGUAGUUAGAUAUUAAUCUGAAGGAAAAUACUUUGUAGUUUUGGGUGCUUUUUACUAUUCUGAAGCAAGAGGCCAUCUUAUCUUGUGGAUUGUCUUCUCUAUAAAUCAAACAAGGCAUAUGGGAAGUUACUGUUCCAGCCUUUAGAGGGAAGCAGUCUUAAAGACAGCAUGACAAAAUUUCUUUAUAUAAAGCUAAAAGAUCAGGAGAAAAGCGCCCUGGCUUCCAACACCAUCUUCCUAAAUUACUAGGCUUAGAUCAUGUUUCCAAACUCAGUGUAGAUUCCUUGUCAUAGGAAGCAGUAUUAAUGAAAUCCAGCAGUGCGUGACUGUUGAAUCAAAAGGAUGGUUACCUUCAACUGAAGACUGAUCAAAAAAUGUGUACCAUCAGGUGAUGACUCAGCAACAGCAUGCCUGAUGCUUUAUAAUCGUAAUGGACCUGCAGGACAAAAAAUUCCUAAAACCUUAGCUUUGCAUUUUUCUCAGGUUAGCUUUUCCUAAUUACAAGUUGUGGUAAUAUACAAAAUACAGGUUGUGUUACAGACAAAAAAAGCUUCAACCCAGACCUUUAACAUGUUCUGAACUAAGAUGCAGUUUUACAAUACAAUGAGCCUCUCCUAAAUGAUAGCACUGGCACU